AUGCCUUCUCUGUCCCGUACCUGCCUGUCCCCUACCUGUCUGUCCACCUACCUGCCGGUCUUCUAUCGGUCUGUCCAUCUGUCUGUCCACCUGCCUGCCUGUCCCCUACCUGUCUGUCUGUCUACCUGUUUCCUACCUGUCUGUCCACCUACCUACCGGUCUUCUACCUGUCUGUCCACCUGCCUAGCUGUCCCGUACCAGUCUGUCUACCUGCCUUCUACCUGUCUGUCUUCUUGCCUGUCUGUCUACUUGCCUGCCUUCUACCUGUCUGCCUGCCGGUCUUCUACCUGUCUGUCCACCUGCCUGGCUGUCCCGUACCUGCCUGUCUUCUACCUGCCUUCUACCUGUCUGUCUUCUUGCCUGUCCCCUACCUGUCUCUCUGUCUGUCUACUUGCCUGCCUUCUACCUGUCUGCCUGCCUGUCCCAUACCUGUCUGUCCACCUGCCUGUAACACGCGUGUUUGUGUUUUGA